AUGAACCUUCUUGGUGGUCUCAGUAACAGGUGGACUAUUGCUGUCACGUUUGGAGCCACAGGUAGCACUGUUAUAAGAAUGGCAUUGCGUGGAAGCAGCAGUAUCUCGAUUGUCCCAUCUGAAUCUCCCUGGGUAAAAAUUAUUGACGUUUUGUUGGCUGUCCUCCUUUUUACAAUUCUAUUCUAUCCAUAUUUUGCCUGCCUCACGACUGAAUACAAGUUCGUUGGCUCAAUCCUUGGUUUCCUUUAUGGUGUAUUGAGGUUUUCUUUUCAACUUGCUACACAGAUACGUUGCUACGUUGUGUAUAAGAAAACAGGAUCCCUUGGAAUAGUGUUUAUUAUUUCUAACCUGCCUACAACACUGUGCCUUAUCUUUAUAACAACGCGAUUUGCUUUCCUUAUUUUUCGACGAGUUAGACAGAUGUGGUCUGUACCCUCUACAGAGUCAGCUGGAAAGGACUCCGGCUCCCGCUCAUUGGCUCAUGAUUCGGAUGUUGUUCACGUGAAGUUUAUUUUAGGGCAAAAACCUCCAAUAUACCAAAACAAGACAGAAUGGUAUUGGAAGGUUCUCUACUUUUUUUACAAACCCAGGGCAGAUUUCAAGUUCUCCACUCAGUUGGUAUCAACAGUGUUUCUCGUCGGGAUAGCUGUCUUUGAAGUCUCAUUGCCUUUGCUCAUAGUGUGGGAAGAAAAUAUAGGCGUUCUUAGGGGUUCCUAUUUGAAUAUUCAUACUCUGAGAGGUAGUCUUUACGGAUCGUUCAUUAUCGCAGGUCUGAUUUAUGUUAUAACAACACUUCAUUUCAUGAAGUGCCACAGGGACCACAUGCUCCAGCUUUACCGUGGAGAUAGACGUCUAAUGCAAAACAUUUGCCUCUCACCGACCUCUUUUGUGGGAAGAAGUCUGAGUUAUACUGGAUACCAAGUCGCCUAUGCCGUGAUUGGUUUUGUCGUGUUGUCAAAUUUGGGCUUCCUUCUAAUUCUCAUUCCAAGCACUUCUAAGGUGAUACGCGAUUUGAUUUCAUCAGCUGCAAAAGGAGCUGUACCAUCGAUAGUGCUGGCUGUCAUACUACGAGUGUUCCAGCGCGUGUUCCUAUCUCAAUAUGUCUUUCGUGACAGAGAAUACCCAAAUUUCUCAGUCGUGAUUGACAACCGACGACUGUUCUCUAUCAUGUCGUAUGCGUUCGUGUUCCUCAACGCCAUUGUUGGAUUCCUGUCAGGUCUUCUUCGCAUAGCUAAAGCUAUGAUUCUUGGGCUUUUCUUCUUCUCACGUCUCGACCGAACUGUUUUAAUGCCAGGAUUUCAGAAAUGGGACAAAGGUUUUGUUGCGUAUCUUGGAUUUCUUCAUGUGUUGGUAGCCCACAGACAUCCUGUUGUGUUAAUGUUCUGCCAAUUGCUCAUUGAAAGCAACAAGGCGACAACUUCGGAGGAGAAACAACAUUCAAACAUUUCCGUACAGCCAAACAACGCUGAGGAGCCAAAACAAGUCACUGGAUUCAAACGCGAAAUACGCCAUCCACGCCUGGCACAGAGGGUAGUCAACCGCUGGCUUCUGGCUGUAACUCUUCUCCGUAAUCCCACGCUAAUACAGUAUCGUCACCAUUCCUUUUCGGUACCUAUUGAACAGAGUGAGGCCGAUACGUCUUCAAUAGCAGUUUUAGUCGAUUCUAUGGUCUAAUAUUUACGUUUAGCUCAUAGCACAUAAAUAGUUUAAGUAUUAAAUGAAGGGCAUUGUAAUAGCUAAGUGCUGUAAGGUAUAUGGCUGUUUGGAGAAAGUUUAUCAGAAAAUAACGGACAAAUACUUCACGCGACAACCUCGGAAAAUAAUGUGGGUAUCCAGUCAUCAAUAAAUUUUAAUAAGUGAGAGAAAAUAAAUCAGUUAAUCAAACUCGUUGUACGUACAAUGACGUUUCUCAGAUUUCCCUUGUAUCCUGAGUUUAAGGUGCCGUGACCUAAAAACUAUCCACAAUACCUUUAGUGGUUGUCGUGUAUGUGCAUGUUUACGCUUUUUGUUGGACCACCUCUCUCGAAACAGCUGCAUAUUCCAUGAUAGGUUUAU